CUCCCUCUCGUUUCUCUCUAUAUAAUAUGAAUUUCUUCUGCCCCAAGUCUAUUUCGAGAACACCCUCCUCCUAAAGCCCCCCGAACUUGCAUUCGUUCCAUUGAGACGCAGAGCAGAAUCAAAGAGAAGGAAAAGUCAGCAAAGCUUCCAGCUUUUCAACCUCUCGGGGUUGAAUUGGAACUGUUUCUGAGCAGGCGUAUCUUUUGUCAUUUAAACACCUUUGGUUCAUGUUUCGAUCAGAAGCAUAAAUUCCAAGGCUGAUGUUUUUCUGAUUUGCUGAUAGCCCUUUCAGGAUCUCUUCUUGCGCAGUAUAGAUAGCGCCAUCCUUCUAGUAUGGACUCACAGCAGAUUUUCUGUUACAGUGAGACUGAUACAGGACUUGUUAAUUCAUCAUCUCAUCCUGCUUUUUCAUCAGUACCCAGCAGGCUGCUUGAAUCCUUAAAAAGUGACUUAAGAAACUCACCUAAUUCCUCCUUUUCUAAUCACUUAGAUUCUGAUUCACUUUCAACAUUGAGUGAUAGCCAGGAUAAUAAAUACAGUUAUAGUGAGAUUCAUUCUGGUGUGAGCCCUUCUUGUGACUCUUCUCUGGAAACCACUCACAACUGGCACAGUUCAACAUCGUCCAUGGAUUAUCACCAAGAUGGACCGCAUCUAUAUUCUGCUAAGAGCUCUCUUCUAAACAAUGUAAACUGCAGCCAGAAAAUCAGACAUGCUCUGUCAGAAAUAGAAUCAUCUGUGAUGGCCUCUAACAGUGGUAAUGAUGCCACCACAUCAAAUAGCCCUUCUAAUAAGAAUGUCAGUGGCAGGCCAAUGACUUCUGGCCGUAGAAACAUAUCGUGGAGUGAUGACCAGAGUUUACAGAGUUUUCAAGGUCAGCCAUCUCUUGCUUCUAGUAGUCAGCAGUUGAGCGAAGUUGCACAUGCAGAGAAACGACACAAAGCAAUAGAGGAAGAAUUGGUGCGGGGUUUUCCACCAAGUAAUUUGAGACAGUUGUUGAUUGCAUGUGCAAAAGCGCUUUCAGAAAACAACGUGAAAGAUUUUGAUCAGCUGAUUGAAAGGGCUAGGAGUUUUGUGUCUAUUACUGGGGAGCCAAUGCAAAGGCUCGGUGCUUAUCUGGUAGAAGGGCUUGUUGCAAGGAAAGAGGCAUCUGGGAACAACAUCUAUCGUUCUCUCAGAUGCAAAGAGCCGGAAGGCAAAGACUUGCUCUCCUAUAUGCACAGGUUGUAUGAAAUCUGCCCCUACUUGAAAUUUGGUUACAUGGCUGCCAAUGGAGCCAUUGCAGAAGCUUGCAGAAAUGAGGACUGUAUUCACAUCAUAGACUUUCAGAUUGCCCAGGGAAGUCAAUGGGUGACUCUCCUUCAAGCCCUUGCAGCAAGACCCAGUGGGGCUCCAUAUGUCAGAAUCACAGGGAUUGAUGAUCCUCUUUCUAAAUAUGCUCGUGGCGAUGGGCUUGAGGCAGUUAGUAAACGGUUGGCCAUGAUCUCUGAGAAAUUUCACAUCCCAGUUGAGUUUCAUGGAUUGCCAGUUUUCGGUCCUGAUGUGACGAGGGACAUGCUUGACAUCCGGCCCGGAGAGGCUUUGGCUGUGAACUUUCCCUUGCAGCUCCAUCACACAGCUGAUGAAAGCGUUGAUGUGAAUAACCCAAGGGAUGGGCUUCUCAGAAUGGUAAAAUCACUAUCUCCCAAGGUGGUCACUCUGGUGGAACAGGAGUCUAACACCAACACAACUCCUUUCUUCAACAGGUUCAUAGAAACCCUGGAUUACUACUUGGCAAUGUUCGAGUCCAUCGAUGUCACCACCCUCACGAGAGACGACAAGAUGAGGAUUAACGUGGAGCAACAUUGUUUGGCCAGGGAUGUUGUGAAUGUGAUUGCUUGUGAAGGGAAGGAAAGGGUAGAGCGACAUGAACUGUUUGGCAAGUGGAAAUCUAGGUUGACAAUGGCAGGUUUCCGACAAUAUCCAAUGAGCACCUAUGUAAAUUCUGUUAUUCGGAGCCUACUGAGGUACUAUUCAGAGAAUUAUACACUAGUGGACAAGGAUGGUGCUAUGUUGUUAGGGUGGAAGAGUAGGAAUCUGAUAUCAGCCUCAGCAUGGCAUUGAUCAGCUAAGGUUUAGGUUGAUUUUUAGUUCCAUGUAUCUUAUCUACACAUUUGAUUUGUCUCUUUUGGUUAGAUAGGUUCAUAAGUAGUUUCAUGUACUUAUACUGCAGUAUGUUGAUUCUUUUAUACAGAGAUGCUUGUAUCUGAAGGUGGUCCUAUUAUACUGCAUAUAUAAUGGCAAAUUAGAGAUUCUUGAACUGCCUGGCUUGGGACAUAUUCACAG